CAAACCGUAACAGUCUUCCAUUACAACGUCUCAUCAGAAACCACCCGCGGCCGAUACAGUCUGUACUGCUUUAGCCAAUAGCACACAUUCACCGUCCAUCGAUCCACUCGAACAGUAGACCAAGCUAAAGGUCUAUAAGCCAUACAAAACCAUCGAAUCCACAUCCGGACUCGAACAGACAACACUUUCUCAGAAUCACUCCGCCAUUCGCCACAAUGUCGUUCCGAUUCGCGCCACUGCUUCGUCAAAGGCUCUUUACUACAUCAUCACGUGCACGCGCCGCCAUCUCCAUGGAGGAUGCCGCUGCCGCACACAUCACCACCACAGCUAACACUGUACCCCGUCUUGGGAAGAUAGCACGAUGGUAUUUACCGACCAUGGCAAUUAUUGCCGGUGGCUUUGGUAUUACUAAUGCCUUGAACGAAGCCAACCGCAAGGUGCAUCAGGCACUUGAGCCCACACAAGAACAGAAGAACAUGGCUCUGAUGGAAAUGUACGGAGAGCGAUCAAGUCUGGAAGAUAUGGAGCGCGCUAUUGCGGGCCUUGAGUCUAAGCUUGCCAGCAAAAAAGACAAGCGCGCAGUCCUAGAAGAGGCGUACGGUGACAAGUCAAGCCUGAAGGACCUUGAGAGGGCGAUGCAGCUUUACGAAGUACAGUGAAGUUUGGUGGUACAAAGGAGAUGAAUACAUAAGGUACACUUGCUCCGAGUUAAGAGAAGAGCACUCGAUUCCGGGGAUGAAGACUUGGGAGGGAAGUUGAGGACGGAGGAACAUUGCUCGCGCGACGAAGGUUUGAGACCACACCGCCGAGCCACGACAUGAACUCCCCAAAACAGGGCAUGGCGCAUCACUACCACUGUAUGAGGCCCAAUAAGGUCCCUCAAGACACAUGCGCGUCCACAAUGAUUAUGAGCGCAUCCGGGGAUAGGAAUCCCUAGGGGUGGCAAAAGUCACACGAAGAGCGAUUGGCAACUUUCGGGAUAUACAUCACCAAAGACCAGCAAGCAACUCACUACUAUCAACUCACAACAAAUAUACCAAGUUCAUUUGUCACCCAA